AAUAGUAAACAAUUUCUUCAGUCUUGUUUCUUCAUUCUCCUUUUUGUGAUUUUGAUUCUAAAAAGUACAAAACUCUUAAGCUGGAAUAGAAGCUUAUAGAAUAAUGUAAAAUAUUUUAUUUUUGGAGAGGAAAAAAAGAAAACAAAAUGGCUAUGAGAAACAGACUGGCAGAAUUUCAUAAUAAAAGUGAGAAACCAAAGUUUAUAAGUGCUAGAUUUGAAGAUCCUAUCAUAGAUGAAAAUGGAGAAUUUAUAUUGGAUUAUCUAAGCAAGAUUCAAGAAAUGAAUGGCAAAUUCAAUUACCUUGAUUUAAAAAUAUCUGAACUUGUUAGGCUUCAAAGUGAUAUUCUGGAGUUCAGUCAAACAGAUGCAGCCCUUUAUCCUCAUUAUGAUAGUAUUAAGGCAUCAAUUACUGAACUUGUGAAUAAAGAAAGAGAUAUGGAAAGCAAAUUUGAUCCACAAAAAUUUACUGGAUCUGAAACUGAACUGCGCAUAUUUAAUACUCAAAUUAUGUAUGUGAAAAAGAAACUGGCAAGUAUUAUUACUCGUUAUUACAGUAUUCAAGAAGAGUAUAAGGAUAAAUGCAAAGCUCAGGUCAGGAGGCGUGCAGAAAUUGCUGGAGCUGAUUUAGCAAGGAUAGAUUUUGAAGAAGCUAUGGGACUGAAGACUGAUAUAUUUAUUCAAACGGUUUUUCCUGAUUUUGACAUGACUCUUUAUUGUUUAUCUGAAAUAAAGAGACGACAUGAAGACUUUUUAAAGCUAGAAAAGUCUCUUGCUGAAUUGCAUGAAAUGUUUUUUGAACUUGCUCUGGUUGUUCAAGUUGAUUUUACUAUGAUGGAUAGAAUUGAUAAGCAUUCAGUAUUUGUUGAUAAGCUUAGUUUGUCUGGAAAUAGAGAAAUCAGAGGAUACGAAAACCAAAUGAGAUCCUCUAAAUUUAGAAGAUACCUCACUGUAGGAUGCAUUAUUUUUGUCAUCGCUAUUAUCAUCAUGAUUGUACUCUGGUUAUUUAAGGGGUAUAUUUUUGGAGCCUAAAAAUAUAGUCAUAUGAGGGAGUUUCUCCUACUUGAUGCCUUUUUUGGACAAAGCCUAUAAGUUUGCUUUUUUAAGAAAUAUGUUGUUUUCUUAUUAUUCAUCUUAUGUUCUAGAUUUUCUAAUUUUAUUUUUGAUGUAAUAACUUAUUUUUAUUUCUUUUUUUUUAAAUAAUUUUUCCUAGCAUGCUAAAUUUACUACCAAUUGUAUUUAUAUUUUAAAAUGUUAUUUAACAUCUAAGUUUUCAGAAAUUGUUGUGAAUCUUUAUUGAGCAACAAUAAACUAUUGAAAAAAAGUGUC